AUGGCGUUUGAUACGCCAGCGUUGUGGUGUAACAGCUUAUUUCAUCUUCUUCUUUCAGACACGUCAUCAUCAUCAUCAUCAGCUAAAGAAGGCAGUAGGUACCAGGACAGUAACAUGCAGAAGUUGGUGCAUGACCUCACCAGUUGUCUGGAACAGCGUCUGGACACUAAGCUGCUUCUCUAUGACCUGUGUACCAUCAUCAAAACAGCUACGAAAGCAGAUGGAUUUGCCCUUUAUUUCAUGGGAGAAUGUAACAAUAGUGUGUGUUUGUUUAAACCAACGGUGGCUGAGGACGGUCCUCCCACCCUCAUCCCAGCUGGCCCGGUCACGUUUGGGACCACCAUCGCCACACACGUUGCCACAACACGCCAAACUUUGCUAGUAAAGGACAUCACAGGGGACCAGCGUUUCCCAGAAGGCACAGGUCAGGACUCAGACUCAGGGAUUCAUGUUCAUUCUGUCCUGUGCCUCCCCAUCCUCACGGCCAUCGGUGACCUCAUAGCUAUCCUGGAGCUGCAUCGGCACUGGGGCAACGAGCCCUUCAAUACCAGCAACCAGGAGGUUGCGACGGCGUGUUUAGCAUGGGCAUCUGUAGCUAUUCACCAAGUACAGGUGUGCAGAGGCCUAGCCAAACAGACGGAGCUCAAUGACUUCCUGCUAGAAGUGUCAAAAACGUACUUUGACAACAUUGUGGCAAUAGAUUCUCUACUUGAACACAUAAUGAUAUAUGCAAAAAACCUGGUGAAUGCGGACAGAUGUGCCCUGUUCCAGGUGGACCACAAUAACAAAGAACUGUACUCAGACCUUUUCGACAUCGGGGAGGAGAACGAGGGCAAACCUGUCUUCAGGAAAACCAAAGAGAUUCGGUUUUCUAUAGAGAAAGGUAUAGCGGGCCAAGUGGCACGGACGGGGGAGGUACUGAACAUCCCAGACGCCUAUGCAGACCCACGCUUUAAUAGAGAGGUGGACCUCUAUACGGGAUACACCACGCGGAACAUCCUAUGCAUGCCCAUCGUUUCCAGGGGGACCGUAAUAGGGGUCGUACAGAUGGUUAACAAGCUGAGUGGAAGUGCCUUCACCAAAACAGACGAGAACAACUUCAAGAUGUUCGCCGUCUUCUGUGCUCUAGCCUUACACUGUGCCAACAUGUACCACCGGAUCAGGCACUCUGAGUGUAUCUACAGGGUAACCAUGGAGAAGUUGUCCUACCACAGUAUCUGUACUUCAGAGGAGUGGAAGACCCUCACACAGCUGGACCUUCCUACACCCCUAUACAAAGAGAUAGAACUGUUUCAUUUUGACAUUAGUCAGUUUGAGGAGCUGUGGCCGGCUGUCUUUGUAUACAUGGUCCACAACUCAUGUGGAGAGACCAGUUUUGAGUUGGAGAAGUUGUGCAGGUUCACAAUGUCUGUGAGGAAGAAUUAUCGGCGUGUUCCCUACCACAACUGGAAACAUGCGGUGAACGUGGCUCACUGUAUGUACGCCAUACUGCAGAAGACCACCGGCAUCUUCACUGAGAUAGAGAAGAAGGGUCUGCUGAUAGCCUGUCUGUGUCAUGAUCUGGACCAUCGAGGGUAUAGUAACACCUACCUGCAGAAGUUUGACCAUCCUCUAGCUGCCCUGUACAGCACAUCUACAAUGGAGCAGCACCACUUCUCCCAGACUGUAUCCAUCCUCCAGCUGGAAGGGCACAAUAUUUUCUCCAACCUGACUUCCAGUGAGUACGAGCAGGUGUUAGAGGUCAUCCACAAGGCCAUCAUCGCUACAGAUCUGGCGCUCUACUUCGGCAACCGCAAACAGCUAGCUGAGCUACUGAGCACUGGAUCACUGGACCUGGACAACCAUCAACACAGGGACCGUGUGAUUGGUCUGAUGAUGACAGCAUGUGACCUGUGUUCCGUUACCAAGCUGUGGUCAAUCACACGACUCACAGCCAAUGAUAUCUACGCUGAGUUCUGGGCUGAGGGGGAUGAGAUGAAGAAGAUAGGUAUACAGCCCAUCCCUAUGAUGGACAGAGAUAAGAAGGAAGAGGUUCCUCAGGGGCAGGUGGGGUUCUACAAUGCUGUUGCACUCCCAUGUUACACCACCUUAUCUGAGCUCUUCCCCCCUUCUGGCCCUCUUCUACAAGCCUGCAAGGAGAACCUUGGCCAGUGGGAGAAGAUAGUGAAUGGAGAGGAGGAGGACAGUGGAGUGAGAGGAGUGUGGGCUCCGUCAGAGCCUGUUGACCCCAGGAUAGAUCCUGUUGACCCCAGGGCAGAGCCUGUUGACCCCAGGGCAGAGCCUGUUGACCCCAGGGCAGAGCCUGUUGACCCCAGGGCAGAGCCUGUUGACCCCAGGGUAGAGCCUGUUGACCCCAGGGUAGAGCCUGUUGACCCCAGGGUAGAGCCUGUUGACCCCAUUGUAGAGCCUGUUGACCCCAGGGUAGAGCCUGUUGACCCCAUUGUAGAGCCUGUUGACCCCAUUGUAGAGCCCAGCAUGGAGGAACCAUCUAACCCUGACUCAGGCCCUGUAAAGGUGGACAACUGACUAGUAGUGAAGCCACUGCUCGCCCUCACUACCACGCAAGUCAAUACGCCCUCACUACCACACGCCCUCACUACCACACGCCCUCACUACCACACGCCCUCACAAUGUCCCCUGCCAGCAGGUGUGUGUACUUCCUGUCUGGACUUCCUGUGUCAGCGACUCAAUUCCUUCUGCAACAGGAAGGGGCGGGAAACAUGCGUAGGGACGAGGGAAGAUGAUUGGUGGAUUUACUGACAAGGGGAUUAUUUUCAGAAACACACAGUUACCUCAUUGGGUGAGGGUGAAGAGGAGGUAACACAGACGUUGUCACCACUCCCGUAGACACGGACGGAGGACCGCAGGGGUGUGUUCAUUAGGCACCAAACGCAAACAAACUGCCCGAAACAGGGAGAGACUACCUGGACCGGUCCAAUAAGAAACAGUUGUUUUACGAUUUCCGUUGCAAAAUGUUUUGCACUGAUGAAUACAGCCGAGUGGGGAUUCGGCACCAGUCACCUGAUCCACCAACCACCUGAUCGACCAGUCACCUGAUCCACCAACCACCUGAUCCACCAACCACCUGAUCCACCAAUCACCUGAUCCACCAAUCAC